AUGUCCAAGCACAUGAAUGAAGAUGGAAAUGUACGUGUUGAUGAAUUCAAAUGCAUCUAUAUUGCACCGAUGAAAUCGUUGGUUCAAGAAAUGGUCGGCAAUUUCACCAAACGUCUAGCUCCGUACAAUAUAGCGGUUGGAGAAAUGACAGGCGACCAACAAAUGAACAAAGAGCAAUUCAUGCAAACACAG